AUGAGCUUGUCAGGAAAUUGUUACCUCUGCCAAGGGUUCCUCUGCCUGCAGCAGUGAAGGGCAGGUAUAAAAGGCAGCCCAAGCCCUGGCUCUCUCAUUGCCUUCUCUUGGAUCCUUCUUCUUGGGAACCAGGUGCACCUCCAGCCCCAGGACAUGUCCUGCUACAACCCCUGUCUGCCAUGCCAGCCCUGUGGCCCAACCCCUCUGGCCAACAGCUGCAAUGAGCCCUGUGUCAGGCAGUGCCAGAGCUCCACUGUUGCCAUUGAGCCUCCUGCUGUGAUUGUGACCCUGCCCGGACCCAUCCUCAGCUCCUUCCCACAGAACACCGUCGUGGGUUCCUCCACCUCUGCUGCUGUUGGCAGCAUCCUCAGCUGUGAUGGAGUGCCCAUCAACUCUGGCUGCUGUGACCUCUCUGGCAUUUCCAGCCGCUACUAUGGCAGAAGGUUAAGAUAAAGAUGCUCAAAAAGCCCCAAGGGGACACACCAAUGAACUCAGAACAUGGCACUGCACAGAAGAUCAAGACUUUUCAGAGCUGUUUCCCACAUAGCUGAGUGGCUU